AUGGCACCCGCGCAUGGCACGGCGACGACCGCCACCGCCGCUGAGCCCGUGCUGACACGGCUGGUGCAGCAGGAUUUCAUGCCAUGGUAUAGGAAGCCGAACCUGAGGACUCUGUAUAUGCUGCUGCUGCCGACAUGUAUUGGGAUUGAGAUGACAUCGGGAUUCGACUCGCAGAUGAUCAAUACCGUGCAAAUCUCCGACUCCUGGCAAGCUUACUUCAAUCACCCAACUGGAGCGCUCAAGGGUAUCAUCUCUGCGGCCUACAAUCUAGGCGCGAUAUGUGCUCUCCCUUUUGUACCCAUGUUGAAUGACACGUUUGGUCGUCGAUGGGCCAUCUUUAUAGGAUCAUGGAUCAUGGUGUUUGGCGCUUGUCUGCAAGCCUUCUCCAACGGAGCUGCCAUGUACGUCAUCGCUCGGUUCUUCCUGGGCUUCGGUAUCCCCUUUUGCAUCAUCGCCGGCUCCUCCUUGAUGGGCGAACUUGCAUACCCCAAGGAGCGUCCCAUCAUGACUUCGCUAUUCAACGCUCUGUACUUCAUUGGAGCCCUCGUUGCAGCCGGAAUCUCCUUUGCUACGCAAAGUAUCAACAAUGAUUGGGCAUGGAGGACGCCAUCACUACUCCAGGCUGGUCCCUCCAUGUUCCAGAUCAUCUUCAUAUUUAUGAUCCCAGAGUCACCCCGUUUCCUAAUCAGCAAAGACCGGUCCGAUGAAGCCUUCCGCGUUAUAGUAAAAUAUCAUGCGGAGGGUAAUCCUGACUCCGAGUUUGUCAAAGCCGAAAUGGCGCAGAUUGAAGGAACCAUCCAACUUGAAAUGGAGCAUUCGAAACGUUCUUGGAGAGAGAUGUUCAGUACCCCUGGAAUGCGCAAGCGUGUGAUUAUCGGCUCGUUUCUAGGACUGUUCACGCAGUGGUCUGGGAACACCUUGAUUUCGUACUAUCUCAACGACCUCCUCAAACUAAUCGGCUACACGUCCUCCGAAAUCAAAAACAAGCUCAACGUCGGCCUCAACAGCUGGGCUCUCGUCAACGCCGUCUGCAUAUCCCUCCUCGUCCGCCGCUUUCCCCGCCGCGUCAUGUACUUAACCUGCACCAUCUCCCUCCUAUCCUGCUACGUCGGCUGGACCGUCAGCAUGCAGCAAUUUCUCGAGCAUCAAGGCCCUGCCGCGGCCAAAAUCACCAUCUUCUUCAUCUUCCUUUAUAGCCCGUGCUAUAAUAUUGGCUACAAUGCACUCACGUACACGUACCUGGUGGAGCUCUUUCCAUUCGCACAGCGAGCCAAGGGGAUCACGAUUUUCCAAUUCUUCGGCAGAGGAGCGGCAUUCUUCACGACUUUUGUGAACCCCAUUGGCUUGGAUAAUAUCAAGUGGAAGUGGCUGAUUACAUAUUGCUGCUGGCUUGCUUUCGAGAAUGUUUUCGUCUACUUCAUGUUUCCCGAGACGUAUGGAAGGACGUUGGAGGAGUUGGCGUUCUUGUUUGAGGAUCGGAGUUUGGCGGAGCAGCAGGCGAGUAGGGUGGAGAAGCAGUUGCAUUAUGAAUUGAGGGACAGAAAUAGUAUGGGCAGCCCGGAGUUCGAGGAUGAAAACUUCAGUGUCAGGAGGAGAGAGAGGAGGGAGUUUGUGAGUAGCUGGGAGGCACCGAGGUAUCCGGCUAGGACGGGCUAUGGGGAGUCGAGAUGGUGA